CAUCUUGUUUUACCACAAAGCUACAGCGUACCACCGUCGUUGUUUUUGUUGUAGUUGCUUGUGAAUAAUGGCGGCAGCGGAAGGGGGAUUAUCAUCUCCUGCUAAUGUGACUGGCUUUAGCACUCCGGCCGUGGCCCGGUCUCGUUUCCCUGGCCGGCCAUGGACAUCUCGUAGUCGGCUACGGUCUGAGAAACGUCCGCAGCGGGGACGUUUCGACUCGGAAGGUGGAGAGGUAAUCACUGGAGGCCCGAGGCCCAUCAACAUUGGACUAACGUUGUGCGAGGACCCGUCACUGCUACAUUUACUCGGGAUUGCUGAGAAACAUAGGCGCCAGAGAGACGCGGGUUUCUACUCAAGCGGGAGUGAGGAUGAGGAUUUCACUGGGUUUGGGACGCAAUACCGGCCUACGCUCUCAGCACACAAUAUCUAUAAAAGCAGUCCUUUCCAAUCAUCAUUAUUGAAGCCAAAAAAGCCUCCCCCAGCUCCAGAACUUACAGCAAAACUUAAGAAAAGUAGAGGCAAAGGCUCCGAAGAAGAGGUUGGAGAGGGUCAGGAAGAAAACGCUGUGAAACCCAAAAUAAUUGCCAAACUGGCAGCCCAAAAAAAAUCACUCAGUUUGUGUGUUAACUCUACAGGAAAGCAGGCUGCUGGGACAAAGGCCUCAAAAGGCAAUGGCAGUGCAAAAUCAGAGGGCUCUGAUAGGAAAAGGGGAAGCAAGGCGAUGGAAUCGUCUUCAACAGCUAGAAAGAGGAACAGGCAAGACCAAACGACCAAGGUGGGCAGGGGAGGCUCAGGGUCCAGCACAGCCCGAGCCCAAACCAGCAGAGACAAGCAGGGCAAACUGGUGUGGACCCUGACAGUGGUCAAGGGCAAAGGGAAGACCUCCAAGGGCAAAGAGGCUGGGGGGGUAACAGCAGACAACAGUGAAACAGACAAAGCUAAGCCACAGAGGUUUGGGAAGACGAGAAAAGGAUCUCAGCAAGGAGACAAGGUUGAAGCACAGGCUCAGUCUAGAAAUGGAAAGACGACGACGGAUCUCCACACCGCCUCUCAAGGAGUAGCACUGUCCCCUGAACCUGUGAAUAAGCAGCAGCAGCAAAGGAAGAGGGUGUCCAGGGGAACCGUGGAUUCCCCUGAGGCUGGAGCUGAGAUGGGUCAGGAGCCAGCAAUACCCCCGGAAAGAAAGAAACCAGCACCAUAUAAGCGCAAGUCCAUAUUUGGCCUCAGAAGGAAGCCCAGUAAUGUGCAGAGGCUUAGUCCGCCAGAUUCUGUUGUGAAACACUUCCGUCGUAAGGUUGUCUUCUACACCUACGUGCCAGAGUACCUCCCAGCCCCAGUGAAGCAGGAGGGACAGGAGCCGCAGAGGGAGAGCACCGGGACAGAGGGCAAGCUUCUCCUGUCCCCUGGAAAGAUUCAGCAAGGAGGCAGCAGUAACCUCUCCUUGCCUGUGGUGAGUGCCAGGUCUUCACGUGUCAUCAAGGCACCCAAGAGGUUCCUCAACGACGAGAUAAUAUCCUGGCCCAGGGGCUCCCUGAAAAAGAAGAACCAACACAAGGUGAAGGAGGAGGAUGCCAUGAGCCUAUCCUUUUAUGAUUCAGACAAUGAUGACAUUGACAACUUGUCUCAAACUCCAGGUCAAAAUGAGUUCAAACCUGAAGUUGACAGCUCAACUGGUAAAAAAACACUUAAGACCAGCCUGUCCUCAACUCUGUCUGUGAUGGACUCAACACUCAACCCAGGAUCAUCCCACCUCGAAGUCUACGAGAGACUCAAGAAGCAGACCAUCAGCCUGGCCCAGAAGAAGAAGAAAGGGCUUAGUGCUGCUGAGGGUAAACCAGCAGAAGAAGAAGCCCAGGAGGACCUAAGUUUGACCUCGCCGGUUAGGAAAAGGGGGAGGUCCAAGCUGAAGAUGGAGGACCUCAACUCUCCCGGGGUUGUGAGGAAACUGGCGGUGCUGGUCAGUAACGCUGCUGCAUCAUCUGAGACUCUGGAGGAGGCAGCAAACAACACAGAAAAUGUCCAAGGGGCAGAAGCUGCUGAUGAAGGGGUUUACGAAGGGGAAAGCCAGGCUGAUGGGGGUGAUGGGGUGGUGGUGGAACAGGGGAGCACCAGCCAUCGGAUCAACCUCACCAGCACCAACAAGAGGAUGUUCCAUCUGCUGAAGAGGGCCAAGGUCCAGCUCAUUAAGAUCGACCAGCUGAAGAGAGCAAAGCUGCAGCUUGUGAAGAUCGACCAGCAAAGACCGAUGAAGUCAUCACAGCUUGGUCCCAGAGAUUUAGGAGUAGGAGGGGGCAGAAGGAGGAGAGGAGGCUCUGCUCAGGACCAAUUCCCUGGCGGUCCACGCAUCAAGCACGUCUGUCGGGCAGCAGCAGUGGCGUUGGGGCAACCCCGUGCCAUGGUGCCUGACGAUAUCCCCAGGCUUAGUGCUCUGCCCCUCCAUGAGCGAGAGGGCAUCACCACCUCACCAGCUGUAGAAGACAUUGCGGAUGACCCCUCUGAUCAGGAAAUCGAGAGCACUCAGGAACACAAGACGACAAGACGGAAGCACAAGUACAGCAAGCAGCGGAAGUUGAAGCGAAACUAUAACGAGGUUGGUCCUGGGGGCCGCGCCACCCGCUGUGGGACAUGCCAGGGCUGCCUCCAUGAGGGCGACUGCAGCACCUGCUUCAACUGCCUGGACAAGCCCAAGUUUGGAGGGCCCAACACCAGACGCCAGUGCUGUGUGUUAAAACGAUGUGUUCGGAUUGAGGCGAGGAAAGUAAAGCGCGGCAUCAAGCCAUUCGCAGUCCUUUCGAGGCGGCGGCGCCAGUCGUCAGCUAAUGGCCUUCAGUCCAGCAAUGAUGAGUGGUCGGAAUCCUGGGGAGAGGCAGAGGUGGCGUCGGCCCCGUCAACCCUUGGAGGCUGCCUGAGCCCUUCCAGGAAGCAGCCGAGGCGGAACGUGGUGCCGCGCUCCUACAGCAGCCUGCUGAAGUCCGACUCGGACUCGGACACAGGCGGAGAAGCCGCGGUCAAUAGUCCUGUAAAGAAUCCUGUCGCUCCCAGCAGCCAAGUGCCCAGUGAAGUUGUAAGGCUCCGCAAACCUGGGCCACCCAAAGGACUGCCGGGCCGACGCAGAGCCGACAAGAAUGCCGUGGAAAACACGUCAACGAACAUCCUCACCGCGCUAACCAACGGACUCUCCCAAAAGGGCCACUUGAAGACCGGGACGCACAGGAUCCGCGUAGACUUUAAGGAGGACUGUGCCAUCCAGAACGUGUGGUUGAUGGGCGGUCUGAGUAUCCUCACCUCUGUCCCCGUCACCCCUCAGCCUGUCUGUCUGCUCUGUGCCAGCAAAGGACACCAUGAGAUGAUCUACUGCCAGGUGUGCUGCGAACCCUUCCACAGCUUCUGCCUCUGGCCCGAAGAGCGCCCCCAAGAGGAGAACAAGGAGAACUGGUGCUGCCGCCGCUGCAAGUUCUGCCACGUGUGCGGUCGCAAGAGCAAGAACAACAAGCCUGUGUUGCAGUGCAGGAGGUGUCAGAACUGCUACCACCCCUCCUGUCUGGGACCCACCUACCCAAAGCCCAUCAACUGUAACAUGCCCUGGGUGUGUAUGACGUGUAUCCGGUGUAAGAGCUGUGGAGUGACCCCAGGGAAGACCUGGGACAUGGCCUGGAACCACGAGCAGGACCUCUGUCCUGACUGCAGCACCCUCCACAGCAAAGGGAUCUUCUGCACUGUCUGCUCCAAGUGUUACGAGGAGAACGACCACAACAACAGCCAGAUGAUGGAGUGCUCCAGGUGUAGCCACUGGGUGCAUUCUAAAUGUGAAGGACUCUCUGACGACCUGUAUGAGAUCAUGUCCAGCCUGCCAGAGAGCGUAGUAUACACCUGUGAACCCUGCAGCCAAUCACAGCCCAGAUUCUGGAAGGAGGAGCUGAAGGAAAGGCUGAGGGCAGGGCUAGAGAAAGUGCUGACCAACCUCCUUUCUGACUCCUCCGCCCAGCACCUAAUCACCUGCAGGGAGUGUGAGGAGUCCACGGAACUAGAUGCUUUCUGGGACCAACAGCAGCCCAUCUGCGACCUACAUGCCGUUGGUCAAAAAUGUACAGGGGGCCAGUACACUUCACUGAAAUCAUUCCAUGAGGAUGUUGUCGUGGUGAUGAGGAAGUGGCUGAAGGAGGAGGAGUCUCUCCCUGAGGACCUGAGGCCCACCUGUUUGGCCAGGUCUCACUACCUGAAGUUGCUGGAGGAGACUUUCAGUUGGUUUCAUAGCCAGGAUCAGAAAAUGUGGGACCCAAUCUCCAAAGAUUUCCCAAGUGGUAUGCUCCCUGAGGCAGUUCUUCCUCCCUCUAAGGAGCACAGCUAUGCACAGUGGCUGGAGAGGACGUACCAAGUUACCAGGGGUGCAGAUUACCUCCAGCAGGGGAACCGCGUCCCUCCCCCAUACUCAGUCACCACCUAUCAGUCCCGGGCUCUGGAGGGCCUCCCACUCAAAUCCCAAGGUACAAAUGGUGCUCUAACCAGGGCCCUGGAACUCGACUGGACCAAAGAUGAGAGGCAGUGUACACUCUGCCAACAGUUUGGCGACGCCACACCCAACGACGCGGGCAGGCUCCUGUACCUGGGGCAGAACGAGUGGGCCCACGUUAAUUGCUGCCUGUGGUCUGCUGAGGUGUACGAAGACAACGGAGCUCUACUCCAAGUACACAGUGCUGUCUCCAGGGGGCGCCACAUGCGCUGUGAGCGUUGUGGCCAGGCGGGGGCGACGGUGGGCUGCUGUCUCUCAUCCUGUCAGAGUAACUACCACUUCAUGUGCGCCCGCGCCCGCAACUGUGUCUUCCAGGAGGACAGGAAGGUCUUCUGCUCCAGGCACCGCGAUCUCGUCAGUGAGAAGAUGGUGUAUGGGAAUGGGUUUGAAGUUCUCCGGCGGGUCUACGUGGACUUCGAAGGGAUCAGCCUCCGUAGGAAGUUUCUGACUGGCCUGGAGCCAGAGUCUAUAAAUAUGACCAUUGGCUCUCUUCAGAUCAACAAGCUGGGUGUGCUGACUGAACUAUCAGCAAAUGGCGCGAGGUUGUAUCCUGUGGGCUACCAGUGCUCUCGGCUGUACUGGAGCACAGUGGACCCUCGGCGGCGCUGUAAGUACACCUGUAAGGUGACAGAGGUGUGCUCUCCACUCCCAGAGAAGCCAGGAGAACCACGGUGGUGGGACCAGGAGGAGAACCGAACCAUAGCCCACAGCUACUGCAAAGAAAUGGAGAUUCCAGAGGAUGUGAUGAGUCCUCUGCCCAUUGAGGUAUGUCCCAGCACCACCCCGUCCCCCCUGAAACAGGAGCCUGGGGCCAAAACCCCUGGUUACUCACAGACCAGGAGACCAGCAGGAGGAACAUCUCGACCUCUUCCCUCUCCCGGGAGUGCCAUGACCAAAUCCCACCACGUCCUGACUCUCAGGGAUCUGGACGAUACCUGCCGGCCGCGUCGCCUGUCUCGUGGCCGCCACUCCGGGGACUCCUCUUCCCCCACCGAUGGCCCCGCGGGACCAAUGACGCUCCGUUCAGGGGGCACCCUCCACCCCAGGUCCCUACCCUCCAGCUGGAGCUCCCCUCCCUUGUCCCCCUCCAGUGUUACCUCCCCUCUCUCUCUGCGGCCUGGCGCCAUCAGCAGCCCCCCCUCCAACCUCCCUCUGGCCAUCCGCAACUCCUCCAGAAUCAGACAGCCAUUCAAAAUCACAACUCCAGUGUCCGCUGAGGUGCCACAAGACUUCUUAGCGUCAUCCGAGCCAGAGGAGGCAGUGGUGGUGCCCUCAAACGGGAUCACAUUGACAGCAAAUAACAUGGAGGAAGACACAGACGUCGGCCCCCUGAUGUUGGAUCAGGACUUGCCCUUCGCGCCAUACGACGUGGCGGACGCAGACGUGGCGGUGGCCUCUGUGCUAAACGCCAAGCUGGAGUUUGACGAGGCCUUGCUGAACGAGACUGUGGCGCUUCACUGUGGAGGUUCCCAGACAGGUGGAGGAGAUAUGGAGGAGGAGGAGGCAUUAGAGGAGGAGACUCAGGGUGGGGACAACAUGGAUGCCAACAACAAGGCCCCAGUAUUCACCAAAGCAAUGGCCACUAAAGAGGUCCUGGAGAACGGUUCCUCAGACGAAGACAUGGAUCACUACUUGAAGUUAUCGCGUAUGUUGGUGGUGUGCGAAGCCUCCAAGGACUCAGGGCAGGCAAGUCUCCCUCUCUCCUCACCUCCUCCUACAUCUCAGUCCAUCUCACAGCUUGACGGAGCUGAUAACGGCUCUGAGAGUGACUCAAGCGAUUCUACCUGCGAUGAGGAAGAAACUCAGGAAGAGGGGAAGAGUGGGGAAGAUCAGGGGAAUGACACUCAAGGCGUGUUUGAAACCUGUGACCCAAAUAACGACAUGUCUGUUGAAAAGGAGGUUCUGAUGGACUCAGAGCAAAUGGAAUCCCAGAACGAGGUUCUUCUGGACCUCAGCAGUGGCCAUUUUGUUUCGGAUGACGACAGCACCAGCGAGUACCUGGCUAAUAAUAAAAAAGUAGUGCUUGAUGACAGCGAUAGCGACAGCUCUGGCUCCUCUACAGAUUCUCUUGUUGGAGUGGACGACGAGAUGGGAGACCCAGACUUCGAGCCGGAACCCAAACCCAACCAAAAAUCACCUCCCGUAAAAACCAUCAACGUCAUGGAAUGCCCUACUCCUGUGAGCGUGAGAACUAUUCCACGUAAACCCACACCAACGCAGAGAAAAAUCAUCAGGGUGUCCCUACCCUCUGGACCUGCUCUGCCUCUGAAUGUAGCCUUCUCUUCGACACCCAUCGCUGUUCGAACCAUUCCAAGGACAGUCACCUCCACCGCCUCCCCGACCCCAUUCGUAAUAAAUGGCAUGAACUCUAUACCCUUACAGACAGGGGCCAAUAGGGGGAGAACUAUCGCUAUCCGCCUGGCCACCCCCAGACAAGCAGCUCAGCAGCAGCUGACUGCCACUAUUCAGUCUGGAGCCUCCAACUCAGCCCCGUCCCCACAGGUUCUGCUAGUCAACCGUCAAGGUCAGAUUCUGAUGAAAGAUCCAAACACCAACACCUUCCAGACGGUCAGCACCAGCUCCCCUUCCUACAGCCGCAUCAGCCAGAUUGCCAAGAUGAUCCACAACAGUGAUGCCCUGCCCCGCGCGGUUCCCCAGAUGGUGGUCGUACCCGCUACAUCUACACCCUCGCCACGGACAGCCAUCUUCCAUAGUUCAAAUUUCAUCACCAGUAACCGAAACAACACCACCACACCAACCACCAUCUCUAACAGAAACAACACCACACCAGCAACCACCACCAAUCUCCUGAUCAGGACCCCACAGAGUUUGCAUGAUGGGCGAGUGUUGGUCCGAGCCAUCCCCGUGACGAGUGGAGCUAAACAAGUGAGGGUCAAGUGCGUCUCUGUGCCCAGCUCUCCAGUGAUGAUGGGCAACCAGGCCCAAGCUAUCUUAGACAGAGCCAUGGCUACUCAUCGCGAGCCCUCUCGGAUACGGCCUAAUAUCCUCAGGGUGAGCCCGUCCCAGCUGAGCCCAUCCCAGUUCCAGGUCCACCCGUUCCUCAACAAGCUCCAGUCCCCUCUAGCCAUCUCAGACACUCCUAGUCAGAUGCGCCGCCACGAGCCGGCCACCGUACCUGAAUCCCAGGUCCGCGUCAAGAGAGUGUCCUUCGUCGCUGAGCGUCCCGGCAAGAAGAAAUGUAAGACUGAUUUCCUCCCGCAGUCACCCUCUAGUGACCUUGAUGACCUAGAUGGCAGCAGAAAUAGUGGUGUUCGAAUCAAAGCCCCAACAAUGAAAGAUGUGCUGGAUCUGGACCAGGAGAAAGUUGAGCCCAAGGUGAUCCUACCACCAGAACCUGAGAAGAUCAGACCACCUCCCAUACCUCAGAUGGCACAUCAGCCCAACAGCACUCUACGUCCACCCAACAGCAGCAUCACUCAGAGUAGCAGCAACAUCCAUGGGAAAACCCACGUAUGGGUCAGUGCCCGCCAUGGAGAUCUCUCUGACUGGGGCCCCUACUCAGGUUUCAGCUCUGACGAGGACACAUCGCCACCUAAACAGGACAAGACCAGGUUUGCCCACAGGAACCAGCCCCACCUGUGCUUUGAGAUCACCAGCGACGACGGCUUCCAUGUACAGGCAGACAGCAUAGAGGUGGCGUGGCGAGCGGUGAUCGACGGCGUCCUGGAGGCCCGAGCGGGGUUCCAUUUGAAGGCGUUGCCCCUGGGCGGGGUAAUCGGGGCGCGGGUUCUGGGCCUGCUCCACGACGCUGUCAUCUUCUUACUGGAGCAGCUGCAGGGCGCCGCCAGCUGUAAACAACACCGCUUCCGCUUCCACCGCUACGACACCCCUGACGACGAACUGCCCAUCAACCCCAGCGGCUGUGCCCGUGCCGAGGUCUACUCGCGGAAGUCAACCUUCGACAUGUUCAACUUCUUGGCGUCUCAACACAGACAACUGCCUAACAUCAUGUCGACACCAUGUGACGAGGAGGACGAUGACGUCCUACUGAAAUCCACCAGACGAGCCACCAGCACAGAGCUUCCCAUGGCCAUGCGCUUCAGACACCUGGAGAAGACCUCUAAGGAAGCAGUGGGGGUUUACAGGUCUGAAAUUCACGGACGUGGUCUGUUCUGCAAGAGGAACAUUGAGGCAGGGGAGAUGGUGAUCGAGUACGCAGGCACCGUCAUCCGUGCGGUUCUCACAGACAAGAGAGAGAAAUACUAUGACAGCAAGGGCAUCGGCUGUUACAUGUUCCGCAUUGAUGACUUUGAUGUAGUUGACGCCACCAUGCACGGCAAUGCCGCCCGUUUCAUCAACCACUCAUGCGAGCCCAACUGCUACUCGCGCGUCAUCCUCGUCGACAGCCACAAGCACAUCGUCAUCUUCGCCCUGCGUAAGAUCUACCGUGGCGAGGAGCUCACCUACGACUACAAGUUCCCCAUCGAGGACGACAGCAGCAAGCUGCACUGCAACUGUGCCACCAGGCGCUGCCGCCGCUUCCUCAACUAGAAGAUCAACCUAACAAACAGACAUCAAGUUGGAGUACUUUAAUUCCUAGAGGGAGACUGGGAGACAGGGAGGCGAGGGGAAAUGCAAUGAUAUGGUCAUAAGAGUGCCGUUGCCCAUAAGUACUGAUGAAUCGGACCCUCAUCCGUAGAUAGUUUAAUUUACAGACCGACUGAUAUUACGCUUUUUUAUUUAAAGACUGACUGGUGGACAUUUUGUGGUUAUAUCCCAGAGCAUGGUUUCCCAAACUCUGUCUACCGCUACAGGCAUCUAUUCUAGGCCUGCAAGGAAACCCAGUUGAUUCAGACCUCAGUACUUUAGGCCACUGGUGACAUUACACCAUCUCAUGGGCAACUCGCGUGGUUUGUCUACGUUCUUGAAUCAGUUGCCAAUGGCCUCUGCUGAAAAUGGAGCUAAAUAUUCCACAGUUGUGGUGCUUAUCACUUAGACCAGUUUGUCAUUCAGAUUACUCUGUUUUAAAGAGGAAUUCCAUGUUAUUGUAGCUAUGACAAUACAAGGCUACACUUGAGUGGAGGGGAAACCGAUUUUAGCACCUUAUUUUCAAUGGCCAUAAGCGUGGGCGUUGCUAUACAUAAAAGGCAAUACUGACCUUGGAAGAAGAAUAAAAGUCUGUUGUAUUUUUUUAACUUAGACCCAAGCCACCUCAAGUAUAUAUUUUAGAGCAGCUACAUUUUAAUUGCCCAUGUCGAUGGAGACCAUUAUAACAGAAAAUGCGUCCCAAAUGACAUUUAGGACAUGGCCUGAGACUCUUAUGAGCAGGGGGCAGGUUCAGGUUGUUGUUCCUUUUGUUGUACUUUUAUGAAGGUGCUGUUCAACUACCCUAAAGGUUGCUUUCACCUAUGUUUUUAAUAAAGGUAGACUCAGCGAAGUGACGUUGCUACGAUCACCACCGCAGAUAUUGAGAUGAGCGAGAUGCAAGACUUCAAUCUCACACAGUCACACACAGUAUCUGCGCAUGUGCGUACGGGUUAGAUUCACGCUGUUACAGCGUGGUAGCCAGGGCACAUAAACAGCGGAGAAGUUGAGCCUCACGCUGCAACGCUCAUAUUUUGAAAUUGACCCACUUGUGCUGUUUACUCUCUGCAACGCUGUCAUAUCGCUGAGUCUACUUUACACUUGUUCUCCACUAAUUUCUCCCAUGUUCUUGAAAUUAGAAUGUCAUUUCUGUGUAAACAGAUAUCUUGAUGCACCCCUCUAGAAAGAAAUAAUGGAACAUGUUUUAGUCUGCCAGGUAUACUUUUUUUCACUAUUGUUUUUGUCGUUUUGCCCCAGACUUUAAUACUGGGGAAAGUAAUAUGGUUUUGGGUGAAAAAAACUGCUUUGAUAAGUCUACUCCCUCCCUAUCAUUUUACAACCCAAUGUGUAUAUGUUUGCAUGUAUAUUGGUAUAAAUGUAUAAUCAAAAUGCUAAUGAAAAUAAAUAAAUGUGAUGUGUUGUCAAAUAUUAACCUGGUUUAUAUUCGGUACUGAACACCCACUAAUUUUAAACAGGGUCAUGAAGCUUACAGUACAAUACCUGGUCGUAGUCUAUUCUCAAUUUGUUGUCCUUUUAUCUUCUCUAUCUGUUUUGUGUUUCCCUUCUACUUACCUGACUGUGACCACUCCUCUCCCCUGUUUCACAGGUGUACUACCUCAGUGGCUCACCAUGACAUUAACAAGAGAAGAUAAUGUUUUGGUCUGUUACAAUAACUACUUCAGCCAGUGCUUGAGGUAUUGGACCUCAGUUUCUGUUUGUUCCGGCCCAAGUCAAGCACUGACUGUAGUAAACCAUGUAGAAUGCAUGGCCAAUAGAUCGUGUCAUUCUAAGUGGUAUGCUAGUAUGGAUAUUGUAACUUGCUCUUGGUUUCCAACUCCUGCUGUGCUGGCUCGAAUGUGCAACCCCAUUUUAGGGCACUGAGCUGGCUGUGCAUGCAACACCAUCUACAUGUUUUAGUUGGGGUUUGGAGGGGUCUCUGCCCCAGAGUACUGAAUAAAUGCAGUGUGUUAUUGCCGUAGGACUGUUUUAAAUAUAUUUAAAAUAAGAUGUUAUCUCACUGCGUGUUGAAUGAACAUGGUUCUGUUACCUUGAAACAAGGCAAACUUUGUCUGUACAUAGUUGUAUAAACAUUUUCUAAACCUUUUUUUUUUGGUACACACUUUUUUGUAUUUAUUAUCUUGGCUUAAUAAAGAUGUUGAAAUGUUUCAAGUAA